CUCACACGCCAGGCGCACAACCUCCGGACUUCAACUACACACGACAAGAAGCGAGAUAUGAGCGUAGCGCUUGCAAGCAAUUGCUUCCAGCCAAUGGUGUAAGAUUAGAACCGGUUGAUACACUCAAGACCUGUUUACAUGGCCGGUUCUCCCGCAUGAAGCGGCAUGGCGAUCGAAAGGCGUACUUCGAACGGAGGCAGAAGCACAGCUCCUUGCAGUGGAGCGGCAGGGUAGGGGACAAAGACAGAGCUGCUGCUGCCGCUGCCGCUGCCGCUGCUGCCGCCGCUGCAGCUGGUAUCCCCGUCGAUGGCACAGAUGCCUCGCAAAGGCUCCCAGAUUCAAACGACCUCGGCACGCCGGCAUCACCUAGCGCUUCUAGGGAAGCUCGCAGCCCGUCCUCGGAGCAGAGGACAGUGAGGGAUUUGACGCAUAGCGUGGCGAAAGAUGACGAUGGGCCGGCGGUGCCUGUGGGUGAGCACCACCAGGGGAGCUUCGGCGUGUACAUGUCCCACAAGAUGGACAAGCUUCGCCGACAGGUCGACGGUGCUGUUCCUCGCCUCCAAGGCAAGCGAAGCUCGGACGGCAACGUGUUCAAGGGGGUUGUUGCACACUUUAACGGCCAUUUCCCGGUCCCGGUGUCGACGCUGCGCGAGCUGCUGGUGUCUCGCGGCGGUACCGUGGAGGCCUACAACACGUCUAGGUGCACGCACAUGAUCUGCGAGGUGCUACCGGCCGCCAAGAUCAGGGAGCUGAGGAAGCUGCGGCACCCCCCACCUGUGGUGCGCUCGGCGUGGGUACAGGACUCCGCCAAAGCCCGGCGAAAGCUUCCCUUGGCGGACUACAUGGUAGACGGAAUUUUCGCCCAGAAGGGCACCCUAGCCGCGUCGUUUGCCGCCUCCGCGACGCCGAAGAAUUCGCCGCCACCGCCGCCGCCGUCGUCGGGACCUGCCGGCGUAAGGAGGCGUGUCUCUGGCGGAAGUGCCGAUAGCGGUUACGGCAAGGCCCCGUCCGGAGGGGUGGGCCCAGCCGAUAGACGGACUGGAGGCGUGGAUGUUCGAGGCGGGACCAGAGGCGGCGAUGGCGGCGGCGGUAGCAGCAGUGGCGGCCGUGGCGAUGACAGUGGCGUGCACAGCGGUAGUAGACGCGGCGGACCAAGUGCGAGAGGGGCGGGUCCGUCUCCGAGCGGGUCGAAAAGCGGCCACCUUUCUGGAGGCCGAAACACGAAACACGGUUGUCAGGAUCAGGGGCAUGCGGCGAGGGUUUUCCCGCGGCACCUUUCCACCGACGCGGCCAGUACCGCACGUGACGGGGGCACUGGGCGCGGUGCUGGAGCGGGCUGUCCGGCGGCAUCGCGUUCUGGCGGGCUGACUGGCAGCGGCGCACACGAAAACGCCACCCUCGGUAGGGAGAACCUGGAGACUAGGCGUUCGCCGGCGUUGGCGGCAUUCGAAGAUUCAGCUGCUGCUGUGGAUGGAUCCUCGGAGCAGCAGCAGCAGCAGCAGCAGCAGCAGCAGCAGCAGCAGCAGCGGCAGCGGCAGCAUGCAGCCGAACAUCCCGCUCUGUCAGCAGCGCCGCGGAGUGCGAUUCCCAGUACUGGGGGUGCCGGUGCCGGCGGCGGCAAAGAUUUUUCAGCCCCAUCAGCGACCAACGCUGACAGUAACGGACACCCCGUGCUGGAAGAAGGAAGCGCCGGUAGCCGCGAGCAAUCGAAUGACAACGAUCGCAAUUGUGACAACAACAACAACAACGACGGUGAUGACGCUCCCGGCAGCACCGACAGCGGUACCCGCUACCUUGUAGGCUCGGGGGCUACCGACGCCGGCGGCGGCAGCAGUGGUGGCGGCAGUGUCAGCGGUCACGACCCUUCCGUUCCGCCGCCGUUCGAGCUUCCUGAGAUGGGGGCUGCGGGGGAGGGGGGUCGGUCGACUAAGGACGACCCGGCUUUCAUGAAGACGUUCUUCCGGAACUCGAGGCUGCACUUCAUUGGCGUGGGGCGCGCGCACGCAGUAAAGGUGGUGAACGCCGGUCUGGCGGCCCGAGCCUUGCCCGGGGCGACGCAGCCUGUAUUCGGGGGGAGACUGGGUCGCGGGGAGACCCGAGUGAUCCUUCACGUGGACAUGGACUGCUUUUUCGUCAGCGUGUUGGUCAAAAACCGCCCCGAGCUGAAGGAUAAGCCCGUGGCCGUCGCCCACAAUGCGAGCAACGCAAAGGGGGCCGGCAGCAGCGAGAUCUCGUCGUGCAACUACCCCGCCCGGGCGAAGGGGCUGAGGGCAGGCAUGUUCAUGAUGCAAGCCAAGAAGAUGUGCCCGGAGUUGAUCGUGCUAAGGUACGACUUCGAGGCCUACACGGCGGCAAGCGAGAACAUGUACGGGGUGUUCCUGCGGUACGCGCCCGUGGUGAUGGCCGUCAGCUGCGACGAGGCGUUCUUGGAGCUGGGGGAGGGGACUGACCCCAUGGAGGCGGCGACGAGGAUCCGCCGAAGCAUUUACGAAGAAACGGGCUGUUCGGCAAGCGCGGGGGCGUCCAACAACAUGCUCCUGGCGAGGAUGGCAACUAAGGAGGCUAAGCCGGACGGACAGUUUUGCCUUUGGCCGGAGAUGGCCAUGCGCCACAUGGGUCCGCUGCUGGUGCAGGACUUACCCGGGGUUGGGUGGAAGCUGCGCAAGCGUCUCAACGAGCAUGGUAUUGCGUCGUGCUCGGAUUUAUGGCCGCUGAGCCUCACUCACAUGCAGAAAGGGCUGGGCUUGGGAGAGAAGACCGGGCGGGCUUUGUGGGAAGCUUGCAGAGGCAUCGACAAGAGACCUGUGCAGGCGCCACCGGACCGCAAGAGCAUUGGCGCGGAGGUUAACUACGGCGUUCGCUUCGAUACCCAGGCACAAGCGGAUGGCUUUCUGUCCGAGCUAGCCGAGGAGCUAAGUAGGAGGAUGGUGGCGGAGGGGGUGUUGGGGCAAGCUCUGACGCUGAAGAUCAUGAAGCAGCGAGACGGCGUCGGACUCCCCCGAAAAUACCUUGGACACGGCGUCUGCGACGCCCGUUCGAAGCUGCUAAACCUCGGACAUGCUACCGCCGACGCAGCCACCCUCAAGCCGCACGCCCUGCAGCUGCUCAGGGAGUGCAAGGUCCCCCCUGGCAAGAUCAGGGGCAUCGGGCUGCAGAUGACCCGCCUGGUCCCAGGCGGCGGUGGCGGCAGUGGAGCGGACGGCGGCAGAGCAGGGUCUUUGGGCGGGUGGCUAAUUAAGCCCGGCGCCGGGGGGGAGGGGUCGAUUGAUCCCCUUACGUCUCGUCAUUCUGCGCCCCCCCCCAAGGUCGUUGUUACUUCUGCCGCAGCCGAAGAGAGGGCGAGCUCUCGUUCGGUGCUGGGGGAUGCUUCGACCCCCGCCUUACGAGCCAAAGACGAAAAUGUCAAGCCUUGUGACCUGGGGGCGGUAGCGGAGGAGGCGGCAACGGUGGACACCUCAGAUGAGGAAGAGGGGGCUGGUAGUACGGCAGCUGUUCGGCGGCAGUGCACCACGACGAUGGCGGCGUCGGUGACACCCUCUGGCGGUGCGGCAGCCCCUCCCCCGAAGAAGCGUCGUCGGGAGGACGAGAAGAAGCGCGACGAAGAAGCGGGGCCGUGCGAGAACAGCCUCGAAUCUCCCGGUCAAGACACCGGUACGGCUUCUUCGCUACCAGUCGUCUCGGACGCGGCAUCCGCACCCACGAAUGCCGCCGGAGGCCUCGCGGCACAAGAAGCCGAGGCGGGCGGAGCAGCGGGAGGUUCGAGCCCGUGCUUUGACAGCCCCGAGUCCGCCCGAAAGCGAACGGCGGCCCAAGACUCGAGCACGUCCGCGGAUGGUGCGGGGUCUUCGCGGAAUGCGUCGAUCGGUGGCUGUGCCACCCCCCCAGCACGGCGCGGGGCGCGAGGGACGACGAGGGGCGAACAAGCCGAGCCCCCGCCGCUACCCCCGACCGGCAUCGCGCCUCCUCGGCAAGCGGGCGGCAACAGCGGAAGAUGUUCACCGGGCGGAGGCUUGUCCCCUCCCGCGAUACGGCGGGCGGAGCCGGCGAGCCCGGGGUUACGGCUCUCGCCCCCGAAUACCCCGGUGGGCAGGACACCGCCCCCGAUCGGGUCGGCGGGCAGCCCUUCCAUGUCACAGAUCACGUUUUCCCAGAUCGACAAGACCGUCCUCGGCGCUUUGCCGCCGGAGCUGCGGCAAGAGGUCAUCUCCCAAGUGGAGGCACGCAAACGGCAGCGCCAAGACGGCAUCGUCACCUUGCCGCCGCCUCCUUCGCACUCAGGAGGGGGUCCAAGCGCGCCUCCCUAUGGCGAGGGGCGGGCGGGUGCUAGAACUGGUCCGCUUUCGAGGGAGGCACCGGGGCAAGGCGGGGCGGCUGGGGGCGAAACGCGGGAAGUGGUCCGCGAGGGAUUCGACACCGCCGACAGAAGCGGCCCGGGUAAAGUCCAGCAGGUCAGCAUCGACAGCUUGUGGAGCCUGCGAAAGCUUACGGAGGAAGGCGGCGAGGGCGACGAGCUCGGCGCCGGACCGCCGUCGGUCUUCGACCGAGACUCGCUGCGCGCCCUGCCCCUGGGGCUCGGCCUCCAUUACGCCUCCCUCACAGAGAAACAGCGGGCACAGGUCGCCCGCCGCUACUCGCAGGCGGUGGGGGGCCACGGCCGUAGCAGUACCGGUGGAGACGCUAGCCGUGGGAGAGAAUCAUCCCCGUCCCGGGGUGGUCAUGACCUACCCUACGCGAAAGCCUCCGUUGCAGGCACGGCCGAUGCCGUUGUCGACGACGGAAGCAGCCUCCCGCCUCCUCCAUCGAACCGGCCACCGCCGGCUUCUCCGGCGUCUUCUCCCGGGAUGAUGAUGGCCGUUUCCCCGGAGGCCGUCGGGCAGGUGUCGGCGCUGCCGGGUGACGAGCGGUCGGCGGCGGAGCCGCCGAGAUCGGCGGAGCUGUUUCGCCUUAGCCUCUCGCAGGUGGACCGCGACGUGUUGGACUGCCUUCCUUCGGACGUGAGGGACGAAGUGCUCAGGAAUAUUGCCGCGAACGCCGGCGGGAGCGGGGCCGGCGAUGAAGGCGGCGGCGGCAGCGGCAGCGGCAACAUCGGUAGCGGCGGAAGAGACCACCACCAAGACGACCAGGGCUGCGAGACCACCGUCAACGCUUACGAAGCCCCGGAUGACGACCAAGACGGUAGAGUCGACAUGGAAGACGUCGUAGACAUUUGCUCACCUUCCCUUCAAGAAAAGCAGACAGCGACCGGCGUGGUUGGACAUGGCGCUUUUGACGCGGAACCCGCGGGCACGCUGAGGGGAGUCUUGCGACGGUGGAUCGGCGGCGCGGUUCGGUCGCCUUCCCAAUGGCACUUGGAGCUGCUGUACAGGUACCGUAUCUGUGCUGCAAUGUACUCGGGCUUUGACGAGCGGUUCAAGGAGGGUGCGGUAUCUUACGUACGGUACCUAGAGGACCUGGUGGAGGGCGGCAGACUCGAUGAAACGGCCACUCUUCUCCGAUGCGUGGGACGCUUGUCCGCGAAAGCCAGCGAAACCGCCGGUCAGGGGAAGGACGGUAGGGGUUCCGCAGUUGGUAGCGGCGGGGGUGGGUGGGUCGAGGGUUACCGGGCCGUGCUUGGAGCUGUUCAGGAUCUCGUUCGUAAGAGAACGGGCGGGGCUUCCCUUGCUUUGAUGUGCUGAUUUUAGCCUCGACUGCCUUUCGGGGGAUUCCGUCAGUUCCCAUGUGAUGCGGGGGCAUGCAUGGGUAGUGCUGGGAGAAGGGGUGUGUGUUCAAGGCGUUCGGUUUGUGCGUGGGGCAUGAGACAACCCCAACGACAAUUCAGGGUAUUCAUUUUCUGGCUGAUGGGGGUUGCCGUCAUAGAUGUUUUCUCUCGGCAUUAUUAUAUUUGGUGCGUGCUUGCUGUGUGGACGGUUGGAACCAGAGGAUCUGUUUAUUUUUGUUCAGCGAUUUUCGAUCGUGUGUCAUUCAAGCACCACCCUUCUUUUGCCUCUGUUGCGACUUUUGCGUGUUUCGUAUCGAAGUUGGCGACGCUUCGCAUGACCCAUUUGGUGAGUUCGUGAUAUCAUGGCCGUCCACGUCAUGCUGCAAUUCCUUGUUAAGAUUCAACAUGGAGUGGAGAUCGAUAUACGUACAAGAGAGAGAGAGAGAGAGAGAGCGAGAGGCGUUACGAUAGGGAACAUUGUCUCCGGGGCUCAGCGUGAGGUGCACUUUGUGUAAAACAGCCCCGACCGGGCGACUUGACUCGUGUUUUGUGUUCGUUUGUGGACUGUUACCUUCCCACUGGCCUUGGCCGUUGGGUUUCUCGAAAUUCCUGUCGCUAGAGGUGAAUCCUGUGCAAGCAUAUGCCAAAAGAUGCCUCGGACUAUUUGCUGCGCGUAACAUUGGAUCUUGCGAUCACCAAAUCUCGUGAAAUACAUUACCCGAUCGGACAAUCCUUUAAGAGCUGAAGUUGUCGGGGUUUACCCGCAGGCCGCGCCGGGCCGAGAGAAAUGGACGUCAGGCUAAGACGGAACUCGCGGAGAAUGUUGUCCAG